AUGGCGUCGAAUCAGAUCAACCAGUCCAUCAAGGACAUCAUCCCUUCAUAUUCUGGUGAAAAUCGACGCAAGCUAUCAACUUACAUCGACUCAUUAUACAAUAUAAGUUUACGCAAGAGUGGUUCCUUGCCUAACAAUGCGGAGAUCGGACGUUACCACUUGUGCACAUUUGUGAUUGCUGAGAAAUUUCAAACAAUAUUCAAUCUACCGACACCAGAUGUGACGAAAAUACCGAUAAAGCCCCAAGUCGUGAUGCGUCUAUUGGACGACUUUCGUGAAUUGGUCAAUCAAAUGUCUGCUGCUAGUACGCCAACCUCAAGCCCUAGGAAGCGUCAGUCCACUCCUUUGAAAAAUUCAGCGCCGAAUAACCCAGAAAAGCAGUCUGGAUCCCCAUUGAAGAAGCUUAAAGCAGCAGCAGUAGCAGGGGAUUUGGAAGAGAAUAAUGACGAUGACAAGCCCUCAAGCCCUCCUGGUAAAAAGACAAAAUCUUCAUUUGUGAACAAAACCAACACACCCACAAGAGGAAACUACAAAUACACGUUCAAACUUGUUCUGCUUAGCGAAUUCAUCACAUUUUGCAACACCUUCUACAUCCCUAGCAAAUACACUGUCCAAAUGUUGUCCACUUUUUAUUCUCACAAACACAAGUUUGCAAAGAAGAGUGAUUGGUCAUUAGCAUGUGGGAUAGUUUACACAGCCUAUAUUCGAAUAAAUCACAGGCUACUACACGACAAGAUUGGGGCAAAAGCCGAGUUUAUGAAUUUGCUUUUGCAAUAUCAAAAGGGGGCAUUGCUGAAGGCAUCUCUUCAAUCGUGGUGUACUUUAAUCGAAGAGUGGAUUAGGGAGGAGCCAUGGGUGCAAGACAUUGAAAAGCAGUAUAUGUAUGGCAACGAGGCGUUAAUGGAAAAGACCUUGAAUGAUGAGUACAUUGGCAUGAUUGGGGAAGGUUGGGACUUGAUGGAGCGUUUUGGUGCAAUGAUUCAUGGGGAGGUAUUAUACCAGUCUGAUACUCAAAACAAAUACUUUGCUACAUGGUCAAAGAAAAUAGUUGGAGAUUUAUAG